AUGGCCAGGGCUAAGCUGCUGCUAAACUUUCCUCCAGCAGCAGACAAGAUGGACGAGUGGAGAGCUACCAUCCAAAGCCUCAUCGGAUGCGCUAAGGCCAACAAGUCGCAGCAUGGGGAACCAUUGCGACGCCCGCAGGCGACACUGCCAGCCCUCGCUGGUGACGACGUUGAGAGGACUACACCCGCGGUGCUGUCCCCUCUGCAGCAACCCAUUCAAGGGCAACCAUGGCGGUCUCAACAAACCCAGGAUGUUGACGAACUUGAUGAGGUAUCCAUGGCCUCGUUCGACCCACGGGCUCAGCAGGAUCAACGCCAAGUUUUGAGGGACAUGAAGAAGGAAGACUCCCGCGUCACCAUCGAGCAGCGCCACGAGACACGCAGGAUGCGUGCUAAGAUGAAUGUUCGGUUGUCAAAGACCGUCAACGAACUUUACACGUUGGCGGAUAAGUGUGCUCAUGCUGAGGAGGGGAGGAGACUUCCAGGGGAAGAGAUUGGUGUCGAGGUUGAUUCAGAGGAUGACGACGACGCCACCGCCCCAAGGAAGAAGAAUAUAAAGUGCAAUAAGAAGCACAAAGGGAAAGCAGUGAUGGCCGUUGAGAGCUCCAGUGAUCCCUGCGCCGGCAAGAAAGCAAAGACCGAGACACUCGGCAAAGAAGCUGCUGCGUGCGCUAUUGCCGGGCGGCUGCGGUGGCUGAGAAACUGGCGGGUUGACCAGCUUGUUGAAAGACAGAAGGCCAAGUAUGAAAAAUGUGAUAAGGAGAAAGCCCAAGAUGAUGCUGGCAGGAAAGGCCGUGGCGGCCAUGGGGGUCACCGCGACAAGGAUAAUCAGCAGAAAGAGAAGCCCGCUAGGUGCCGUGAGAAAAAGGAAGAUGAAGAUGACAGUGAAGAAGAAGAGGAUGAUGAGUCCAGUGAACAGGAAUUUCAAAAGGCUACCAAGUUGCCGAAGACCGUCAACGAACUUUACAUGUUGGCGGACAAGUGUGCUCGUGCUGAGGAAGGGAGGAGACUUCCAGGGGAAGAGAUUGGUGUUGAGGUUGAUACAGAGGAUGGCGACAACGCCACCGCCCCAAGGAAGAAGAACAAAAAGCGCAAUAAGAAAUGCAAAGAGAAAUCAGUGAUGGCGGUUGAGAGCUCCAACGAUCCCAACACCGGCAAGAAAGCAAAUACCGAGACAGCUGGCAAACAAGCUAUUGCGUGCGCUAAUUUCUGGACGGCUGCGGUGGCUAAGAAAAUGAGUAAGUUUGAUGGGCCAUACUGCAUGAUCCACAGAACAAAGGGCCAUGAUCUCCAUGAUUGCAGGCGGGUUGAGCAGCUUGUCGAAAGACAGAAGGCCGAGUAA